CAGGUUUACAAAAUACUUGUUAAGAAAAAUCCGGAAGAAAACUGGGUAGUUUUCAGAAGGUAUACAGACUUCUCCAGGCUUAAUGACAAGCUGAAAGAUAUGUUUCCUGGUUUUCGACUGGCACUGCCCCCAAAGCGUUGGUUCAAGGAUAAUUACAAUCCUGACUUCCUAGAAGAUAGACAGCUAGGACUCCAAGCAUUUCUACAGAAUUUAGUAGCUCACAAAGACAUUGCCAACUGCCUUGCAGUAAGAGAGUUUCUUUGUUUGGAUGACCCGCCAGGACCUUUUGAUAGCCUUGAAGAGAGCAGGGCUUUUUGUGAGACUCUGGAGGAAACAAACUACCGGCUUCAAAAGGAACUUAAUGAAAAACAAAAAGAGGUGGAAACUCUGAAAAAGUUAUUAAAUGAAAAAGAAUUGUACAUAAAUGAAAUGGAAAAAAGACUUGGGGACUUAAAUUUAGUGGAAACAAAGUCUUGUAAGUUGUCAGGAGAGGGGAGCGAGUGCAGUGGAGAAGUGGAAUCAUCCGCAACGGAGGCAGAUCAAAGAGCCUUGGAAGACGACAGCCGGUCUGAGAGAGAGGAUUGGAAAACCUCUUGGAGUGGGUCAUUGGUUGAAAACUUUGUGCCAGAAAUUGAAGUAGCUGAAGUGGCAUAUACUGCUGAUAUAGAGAUGUAAGCAUGGCUUGUGUUGUGUUUUGUUUUGUUUUAAAAAAAAAACCUGUCUGGAAGAUGUAGAGCAGUAGAGCUGAAGGGGAUAGGAAUGUUUACAUAAAUCACUCUGAAUGCAUUUUUGACACAGGAAGAUUAAUCAGUGCUGCUGCUUUAAUUCAGUUGUUAUCUAAGAUAUAUAGAUAUAUGGGAAACUAUAUUAAUAUAUAAAAAACUCUGGUUAAGGCUACGUUAUGCCUAGAAUCCUAAGUGAUGUGUAUAAGUUAUAAUUUACCAGUAUAUAAAGGUUAAAUGUCAGUUAUCAUCAUCUGGCUUGUCAUACCUGUUUGCUACUAAUAUACGACCUAUUUUGUAUGGGCAGCUUUUUGGUAUCUGAUUUUUCAGAUUCUUUAUAUAGGAUAUAGAUUUAUGCUCUGGAAAUACAAUUCUGCCAUCUGGCCUUGGAAACAGUAUAUGAUCUCUUAUGUUUUUUAAAGUGAUAAAUUUAAAUAACUGAUAUGUAUGUUUUAAUGCAAUAAACUAGGAAAGCUUACAGUACCAAAAUAUUUCAGAAAUAGGAGUAAGAUUGAGAGGUUUUUAUGACGCGGGAGGGAGAAUCAUAGGCAAUUUAACUGUAUAGCCUAGAUAUACUGUGGAUGUUCAUAUUCAUUGAAAAUAAUGUAAAAACUGAUUUAACAUGUACCUGUUUUUUUUUCUUUAAAUCCUAUGAUAAUUUGCUGCAUAAUCAAUAAUUGCCUUAUAUAUAUAUAAAAAAACACUACCUCCUACUUCAUUGCUUAUGCAUAAGUGUGCUGUUUAAUACCAAUCUAUAUGUGUAUGAAUGAUAAUGACCAUUUGUUAAAGCCAUACUUCUGCACCGUUAAUGAGAUCUAGUUGCAGUUCAUGUGAAGAUACCAGAUAUUCUGUAGCUUAUUUUACAAAUUAUGUUAUGCCCAACAAUGCACUUUAUCACAGACUUCUUGUGCCAAGAUCAUUGGCAUAUGCAUACACACAGACACACCCAUGCAUACCUUUUGAUUAAGGAAAGGUGAAAUGAUUUGCACAGUCAUGUCUCUAUGCUUGUUACAUAUGUUUACUGUAGUAGUGUGGGCCAGCUUUAUGGAAUCUUUGGAAACAUUUUGCUGAGCAGCUGUUUGCUAAAAGUGCCUUUUGUCUCCUCGUCCAAUGAAAAGAAAGCUGUAUUUGUUCUUCCUUAUGCCAUUUACUCUUUGUUUGUCUUAAUGUCAUUAACACACGAGUCUCCAUGUGCUUGGACUUCUCAAUGUUCACUUUGUAUUUUGGGAUAUGAGGCCAAGAGCUCUGUAGAACUGUAUAAAACUGAGGUAAAUAAAGAUUUGGACAUGACA